CCAUCAUUUUCUCUAAUGGAUGGAUUAAUUUUUCAACAUGUGUGGAAAAAGCUUGUUUUUCUCAAGAGUUUAUUGGCAGCUUUAAUAGGUCGUAAUAACAGAUCGGGAUUAGAAGCUGAACUUAACGAGGAGACUCGUGGUAAAUUUGACCAAUGGUACAUGCAGCAAGUAUUCAAUCAAUAUCGUCAAAUGGCAACUUUGGCUGCAGCUCAAGCCCACCAUCAACAAGCAGCCGCUGCGGCAGCGGCAGUUAUGGCAGCAACAAGUCAACAACAGAAACAUCAAGCAGCCGCAGCAGCUUUAGCAGCGGCGGUUAAUGCUGCUGCAGCAUCAGCUGGAGCUGGUGGUGGUUCAGGUGGAGCUGUUGAUGGUUCGGUAACUGAUCGUAAUCGUGGUGCAGCAGCGGCAGCCGCAGCAGCAGCCGCGGCCGUUGCAGCGGCAGCAAAUUGUCAAUCGUUGUUAAACCUUGAUUUGGAUGCAUCAAGUUUAGCUUCCAGUGCAAGUGCUUCAGGUCAUUCCAAUCAUUUAAAAGAUAAUCAUCAUCAUCAUCCUUCAAAACAUCAUCAACAACAACAUGAACACCAUCACUCUAGGGGACCAAGUCUUGCCUCUUCCUCUUCAUCUCAUCUUCCCUUAAUUUCAACCGGAAGAUCAUCCGAUUCAAGUUCAGGUGAGAGAGGAGGAGGUAUUGCUGGAGAUAGAAUUAAAUCAGAGGGAAUUAAUUUAUCAUCUUCUAAUAAUUCAUCUUCUGGUAGUACCAAUAGUAACAAUAAUUUGAAUAACAGUUCUAAAGACAAUGGUAAUAAUAAUUCUAGUAAUAGAACCUCACCGAAUGCGCCUGGACAAUAUGUUCGAACUCGAAUAAGAACUUCAUUCGACCCGGAAAUGGAGCUUCCCAAGUUACAUAAAUGGUUUAGUGAGAAUCAACAUCCAACUCGACCUCAAAUUCAACAAUUUGUCAAAGAAUUGAAUAGUCUUGAAUCACGAAGAGGUCGAAAACCGUUAGACGUAAAUAAUGUAGUCUAUUGGUUCAAAAACGCUCGAGCAGCUCAUAAACGUCACGAAUUAAAACUUGUUAAUGGUUCUCAAAGUCCAACUUUAAGCAAUAACAAUGGUAACAAUAAUAGCACCAAUAAUAGUAGCAAUUUGUUGAAUAGUGGCCUACCCAGUCAUUUACGUGAUCCAUUUGAUGGGCGACUUGGUUUAGGUUCACGAUCCCGUUUGAGUGCUGGUUUAAUUCCUGGUCUGAUUGGUGAUCGUAUGGGAGGAAUGGGUAGUCUUGGUUCUGGUCGAGGGGGAAAUGGUAAUGGCGGAGAAAGUGAAUCUUAUCCCGAUUCCAAUGGUAACGAAGAUCUGUUAGGUCAAAUGUACGAUGAUGAGGGUUCCGAUGGCGGUGAUUAUGAUGGUGAUGAUAUGAUGAUGGACGAUGAUUGUUCAUCUCAAAUAUCUCAGACUCUUGACUUAUCGGUUCGACCUGUGAAACGCCAAAGGUCAGAUUCAUCUCCCCCUGGUUCACCGAUAUCAGGACCUUCAUCUUUAUCCGAUUUAAUUAGAGGGACACCACCUCAUACCGUGGCAUCAGCAUCUUCGUGCCAUUCAAAUUUUAAUGUUAAAGAUGAACCACCUUCAGAUGAAGAUGAUGAUGAUUAUGAUGAUGAUAUGGAUGAAAGAGAUUAUUAUCCCGUUGCAACCGGAAGACAUGGAUUAAAUUUACAGCAAGUAAACAGUAGUAUCUCUGGUAGAUCAUCAGGUGAUGCUCAUAAUUUAAGUUCUGGUGCAAAUUACCUUGGAUCUGAUGGUAUUAAUGGUGGAAUAGGUGAUCUAUCAAGUGGUAGGCAUCAUUCAUCUUCAUCUUCCUCCCAUGAACGUCAUCACCAGUCAUCUUCUAAUCUUAACAAUGGCGGAUCUCAUGGUCAACCAGAUUCACCGGAAGAGGGACGUCGAGCUCGUCGCUCUAGAACUUUUAUCGAUCCCACAACCGAAGUACCCAAAUUGGAACAAUGGUUUCAUCAGUGUACUCACCCAACCCAUCCACAGAUUGUUCAAUACACCGAUGAACUGAAUAGUUCACCCUAUAGACUGAAAUAUCCAAAAUUGGAGCCAAAAAAUAUCCAAUUCUGGUUCAAAAAUAGAAGAGCCAAAUCGAAGCGACAAAAUGUUCCAAUGUCUAGUUCAAAUACAUCUCCAUUAGCAUCAACUGCUACCGGAUCAACAGGAACCUCGGGUGGACCAAACAAUAAUCCACCAUCAUCAUCAUCCUCUUCAUCUUCAACUAGCGGUCCACUUGCUCCAGUCACCACAACAACAACAUCAUCCUCAUCCUCAUCAUCUUUAUCACCAUCACUUGCAUCUAAUUGCAGUGUAUCCUCAUUAUCCCUUGCAACAUCAACCGGACCAGUUUCAACAUCAGUUUCAUCAUCUGCAUUAACCAUUGAUCGACUAAUUGGUCAUUGAUUUAAUCAACUAAUCAACACACACACAUACACAUACAUAGACACUCCAAACACAUCAUUCAAUUGUUUUAAAUGAUUAACUAAUUGUUGUUGACCAAAGUUUCUUCUUUUCCUAUUCCUUUCCAAAAGAGAUAACUUAUCUUUCACCUUUUUUCCCUUUCUCUUUGACUGAUCUUUUUUCCCCGGUGAUGAUUAAUCAAUGAUUAGUAAAUCAUUUAACAUGAUAGUUAAUUAAUUGUAAUCAACUAUCAAAUUAGCAUCAUGUUAAGACACUAAACACUUUACAUAGUAUAAAUAGUUACUCUCUUUUACCUUUUCCAAUGUUUUUAGUUAUUAUUGUUUUUUUUUGUUUUCUUUUUUACUUCAUAAAAAUGCCAAAAAAAUUAGCUUAACUAUCAAUGAUCAAUCAAUCAACUAUCAACAAGCCCAUCAAACAAACAGAAAUUAAACUUUGUUACCUUGUAACAAUUAACUAACAAUAUUUGGUGGAUCCUUUUUCCAAUGGUUAUUUAAUCCAUGAUGUUAAAGGCAAUUAAACAAAAAGGCUCUCUCUUUAUCUUUACACUGCAAUCGUCUUCCUCCUUUUCAUCACUUUCACUAAUCGCAUUUUUUUAUAUUCGUGGUCACUUACUGAUGAUAAACUGAUGAUUUACAACAAUUAACAACCAAUCAACUGAGCGAAGCAAUCACACCACCGAUGAUAAUAAUAAACAAUCAAUAUAUUAUAUUGUAAGCCCACCAACAAGUUAUCAAAUAAUCAACACGAAGCUUAUUAUCAACUAUAAGAUACCAAUGGCUUGCGAAUGGCAAUAAUAACGAUAUCAACUGUUUCGUUAAUUGUUAUUAUUUAAUAACUGAAAGACAAAGACUUAUCACAAUUUACUAAUCAAUACACAUCAAUGGACCUCAUUUCCAUCAUCACACUUUCGAUCAUCAACUUGGAAUAAGGAAACAAAAAAGAAACAAACAUUUGAUUAACAGCAUUAACUUUCACAUUCUAACUUAAUAAUAUCAACAAUCAACGAUUUCCAAAUCUUUGAUUACAAUUAACUUUGCUCUCUCUCUCUCUCUUCUAUCUCCCAAUUGUUUUAAAUUUAAUAAUCAACUUUUGUCCAAUAAUCAAUUGUAUUGUUUUACAAAAAGCUCUCUAUCCAAUUAACUAUUCUAAUUAACUUUAAAUUGUUAUAAUCAAGUGCGAGCUCAUAGCAAUCAGACAACAAACAAAAACUGUGCUUUCUCAUAUUAAUCAAUUUCUUCAUCAUUCCUCUCUCUCUCUCUCUCUCUUUUGUUUUCAUCUUAGUUAAUUAACACAAAAUUGUUAUCAAAUUGUAAUUGAUUGGAUCAAACCAAUCAACCUAAACGUGUUAACCUUUCACCCUUGACCCAACAAUCCAAACCAUCAUAAUCAUCAUGGUCUUUGACAACCAGCCAACAACAUCAACAACAACAAUAUGCACACCUUAUAUAUUAUAAAUAUAUAAAUAUGUAUACAUAACAAUAUAUAUACAUACACACAUCAAGAAAACACAACAAUCCAUCAACAAAUAGAGAUGAUAAUUAAAACCAUCCUGAGGCUAUCAACAAUCAACAUCAUUCCCAUUUAAUCAUUCCUUAAACAAUUAACUAAAUUACACAAAUUUCCCACCAAAAUCAAUUUGUAUUGUAAAACUGUUUAGUUUUGUUUUCAUCUUUUUUUCCUUAAUUUCUUUCCAUUAAUUAAUCUUGAUUUUUUUUUCUGUUGCAAAUCAACAACAAUUGACCAACAAGCAACUUAAACAACAUUGAAUACACAAAAACAACAACAACAACAUACAUAUUAUAAAUAUUAUACAUAUUACUAGUCUAGGCAAGAGAAACUGUUCAAUUCUGGUUGAUUGUUACAGCAAUCAGUUGAUUCAGUUUUUUUGUUUCGUAUUGUUAAUCAUUUUUGUUUAAUUUGAUUGUCCUUUCCUCCUACUUUCCUCCUAAAUCAUCAUCGUCAUGAAAAACACCAACACAUCAACAUGGACUUUAAAACGGAUGAUUAAUACAAAAAAAAACACCAACAACGUCCUGAUAAUCAAUCCAAUGGAUUAACCAACAAAUCAACUUGUUUUUUUAAUCGUCGAUAAUCAAUCAAUCAAUCUGUAAAAUCGAUUGUCCUUCUUGAUUAGUUUACUUUCCUUCUUUAUAUUUUCUCCCUCUCUCUCUCUCUCUCUCUCUCCAUCUUCAUCUUCAUCUUUUUUCCAUAUUUAUCACAAUUUAUAUUUUCUUCUUCUCUUUUUUUUCUUCUCUUCCUUAAUUGCCUUUACUAAUCUGUGUUAAUCUCUUUUCUCAUUACUAUCAUCAUCAUCAUCAUCAUCAUCAUCAUCUUCUCCUCAUCCUCAUCCUCAUCCUCCUCCACCCAACCCACUUUUCACUUGUGUUCUAUGAUAAUAAUGAUUAUAAAAAAUAACAUUCCCUUUAACAGAAUCA